UCUUAUAAUUAUCUUAUUAUGCUAAAUUAAUAUUUUAUAAUGUUAUGUGCACUAUUAGGUUGAUGAUUUAUCUAAAUCAAUAUUUGAUGAUAUUAUAUGUGUUAAUAGGUUGAUGAUGUAUAUUAUUAUACUAAGUUAAAAAUUGAUGAUGUAAUGAUCAUACUUUAGUGAACUAGAAUUUCAAAUGUCAACUUUUGGUUUAUCCUCAUCGAAUUCCUUCUAUUAUAGUCGGGUUGCGGGUUGGUCGGGUUACGGGUUCGGGUUAGUCGGGUUGCGAGUUGGUCGGGUUGCGGGUUGGUCGGGUUGCGGGUCGAUCGGGUUGCGGGUUGGUCGGGUUGCGGGUUGAUCGGGUUGCGGGUCUGGCGGGUUACCGGUCAUUGACUUUUAGUCAAAUAAGGUUGCGGGCGGGUUGCGGGUCGGGUUGAUCGGGCGGGUUACUCGGGUCGGGUUACAUUUUGACAGCUCUACUUGAAACCAACAAACCCUUUUCGCCGACCUCCGUCAUCCCUAACGUUGCCUCUCUACACGACCUCGCCAUCUCUUGUUGUGUAAUCUUUAUAUAAUUUUCUUAUUCAAGAUAUACUUACCUUUGAUUUUACUCAAGGUACGAUAGAAACAACUAUAUCUUACUUUGAGUACGAAAAUUAUAUACAGACCUUGAUUGACCGUAAACUGGAGUAUGAUACUAUACGUCUAUACCCUAACUCUUGUUGAGUGAACCCUAGAUAUUAGUUAUAUAAAUCAUAUACCUUAAACCCCAAAAUGGUGCAUGUAAUUUGUUGCCUAUAUUUUGGCGACUUGUGACUGUCGAUUGUUAUUUCUAAUCAAAUUGAUUUUAGCGUAUGAGAUUUAUAGAACUAAAGACCCAGAUAUUCAUCUUUAAGGAUUAUGGUACAAUCCCAUGUCCCAAACUCCGGUCAAUUUAAAGUCUAGAUAUAAUUUUCUUACUCAAGAUAUACUAUAACAUUUAAUUUUACUUAACUUACAAUGAAUAUAUAUAUAUAUAUAUGAAAUAACAAUGUAGGUGUUUCUUAACCCACGAGUAUCCAGGCACUAGUGAAUAUCUGUUAGACUGAGUUGAGUUUUCCCUUUUAUAACCCAAUAAAUAUUUGGGUAAUGACUAUUUAUUAGCCAAACUUUUUUCUGGUUUUUUUUAUUAGUCAAAUCUCAAUUCUAUCGAAAUACUAAGAAUUAGCCAAAUAUUAACUUUCAGUUAGCAAUUUUGUUAAUAAUAUUGACUUGGAAGAGACCGAGACCGGGCCCUUUUAUCAUGACUUCCGCUCGUUAUGAAGGUCAACAUUCUAAAAGUUUUGUAUUUUAACUAAGAAAUGAGUUUCAAAAUGAUUAACGAUAACGUAAAAAUGACUAAUAUUUUGAUGCAUUACGAAAGAUUUAGCUAAUUAAUAAUAUUUUAAUAAUCUUAAAUAAUAUAAAAAAAUUUAAAAAAAUUUAGAUAAAAAAUAGACAUUAUUCUAAAUAUUUUAUCUCAUAGGUUAUCAUAUCGAAAUCAAACGGUGUAACAUAUCAGUCAAACGACCCUUACGUAACUUAUGCAACGGCGCCGUUCGACGAAAUCCCUUUCCUACCCUUCUCUAGAAGCAUUAAUAACGAAUUCAAGGUAUCGAAAGCAAAAAGCCAACAACCCACCGGAAAUGCUCUGCUCCCCGAUACCUUCCUCAGUCUCUUCUGAGUCCGACCCGAAAACCCUCCUCUGCAAUUGCAACCCAAAUCAAACACUGAGAAAUGGAGGACCAACCGGCGGGCAGUCCAGCGGCGGCGACGCCUGGUGCGGAUGCACAGCCAUCCGCGGAUGCACCAUCGUCACGGCGACGAGCUGGAGGGCUGAAAAGGAAGGCCAACUCGCUGUCGACCUCCACCUCUUCCUCCUCCACUCCUUCCAAGCGGAUGACCCGGGACCGAGAGAAAGCGGCGAUGUCGCUCUCCCUCGCUCAAAUUCACAAUGGCCCGUUGACUAGGGCAGCCCGACAUGGUCCCAGCACCUUCGGCUCUUCCUCCGGUGGCCGUGGGGCUGCUGGCGGCGUGAAGCUCGAAGAGAAGGAAAGGGUUGGUUUGGCGGCGGCGAUGGCUGCGGCAGCGGCAGAGGAGGAGGAGGAGGAGCGGAACAAAUUGGAGGAGCUGGGGAAGAAGAUUGAGGCGGAGUUUGAAGCUGUUAGAUCUCGGGAUUCUAAUGCUCAUGUGGUACCUAAUCACUGCGGAUGGUUUUCAUGGACAAAAGUUCAUCCUCUUGAGGAGCGUGCAUUGUCAAAUUUCUUCAAUGGGAAGUCUCCUGAUCGAACUCCUGCCACAUACAUGGAGAUACGUAAUUGGAUUAUGAAGAAGUUCCACACGAACCCAAAUGAACAGAUCGAGUUAAAAGAUUUAUCCAAUCUUGAAUUCGCAGACUUGGAAGCAAGGCAGGAAGUUCUAGAGUUCUUGGAUUACUGGGGAUUGAUUAAUUUCCACCCUUUCCCACAAAUGCCUGAUAAUUCUGAAAAUUCAGAGGAUGCGGGAACAACGACAAGCGAUUCAUUACUUGAGAAGUUAUUCCGGUUUGGACCUGUUCCAUCAUGUGCAGAUGUUGCUCCCAAGCCUAGCUCCUCGACUACAUCUGUGUCAUCAGGAUUGUUUCCAGAUUCUACAAUUGCAGAAGAGUUGCUUCAGCCCGAGGGACCAUCAGUUGAGUACCACUGUAAUUCUUGCUCAGCUGAUUGCUCUCGCAAGCGCUACCACUGUCAGAAGCAGGCAGAUUAUGAUUUGUGUGCUGAUUGCUUUAACAAUGGGAAGUUUGAUCCGGACAUGUCGUCCUCAGAUUUUAUUCUCAUGGAGCCUGCGGAGGCUCAUGGGCUCAGUGGAGGAAAGUGGACAGAUCAAGAGACCCUGCUUCUUCUCGAGGCAUUGGAAAUUUAUAAAGAAAACUGGAAUGAGAUUGCAGAGCAUGUUGCAACAAAGACAAAGGCUCAGUGUAUCUUACACUUUGUCCAAAUGCCAAUUGAGGAUUCUUUUUUGGAUUCUAACAAUGUGGAUGACACGGCGAAGGAAGUAGCUGACACAAGUGCAACAAAUGAAACUGCCCCUGAAACCAGUAAUGUUAAAACUUGCUCAAAAGAGGACCAGGUUCAGACUUCUCCUAUGGAGACUUCAAAACCAGAAGAUACCAUUGAAGUGAAAGACAUUUCUGAGAAUGGAAGUGAAGGAAAGGAAUCCGCUCCUCAAGUUGCGAAAUCAGAUGCUGAUGAAGGGAAAGAGAUUUCAGAAACUCCGAAACCCGAUGCUGGUGACGGAAAAACUCGUGAAGACGAUGUUGCAUUUAGAGCUCUAACAGAAGCAUUUGAGGCUGUUGGUUAUGCAUAUAGUCCUGGCUUAUCGUUUGCUGAAGUUGGAAAUCCAGUCAUGGCUAUGGCAGCAUUUUUUGUCAGAUUGGUUGGAGGAGAUGUUGUUUCAGCUUCUGCUCGCAUUUCUCUAAAAUCAGUGUCAAGCAGUUCUCCCGGACUGCAGCUUGCAACACGACAUUGCUUUCUUUUGGAAGAUCCACCAGAUACCAGAAAAGAACAAGGAGAUGGUGAUUGUGAUGUGGCUGAGAAGACUGAACAGCAUGAUGCUCCCAUUGGAAACCAGGAUGAUAAGAAUGAGUCAGUAAAUACUGCCACUCCGGAUCCAGAUGUUUUGGUAUCAGCAAGUGACCUGGAUAAUGAUAAAAACAAGGUUUCUUCCACAGACAAAAACAAAUCGGUAGAUUUUCCAAAUGAUGAAUCCAAUGAAAAGGAAAAGACUACAGAAGUAGGUCUUGGAGUCAGUCAAGAGGGAGGUGGAGCUAAUGUGUCAAAGGAAGUAAGUGUUUCGGACCAACCACUCGACACGGAGGAGGAAUUGCAUGAACCACAACCAAUGUCAGAAUCCUCUCCAGAGCCUGUGAAGAAGCAAGAUUCCUCUCCAGUGACCGUGAAGGAGCAAGAAGAAGGAUCUUCUGCUGUUGAUCAUCCUCAGGUUAAAGUGAUGGGUGACAAUGUGGAGGUGGUGUCUAGUGCAGAGAAAGUUGAACCAUCUUCUACAUCACUGGCUGGUGAAGUCCUGGAUCAAGCUGCUGCUGAGGUCUCAAAAGAUGUAGGAGACAUUGUGUCAGAUGCUAUUCCCGUUGACAAGGAUGAUAAGCAGGAGCAAGUGAAACCGAGUUUGACAGUAGAAGAUAAGGUUCAUACUGAGGAUAUUGACAUGACAUCUUCUCAACCUUCUGAAGGAAAGAAUGAUGAGAAGCCUGAAGAGGAUGAUGAGAAACGAAUCUCUACAAGUAUAGUGGUUGAAGAUGGAGCAACUGCAGGGGAGGCCCGGAAAGAUAGUAGUACGAAGGAGAAGUCUGAUUGUGAAGGGUCUAAAGAUGGCUGCAAGAUUGAUAAGCUAAAGCGUGCUGGAGUAGCUGCACUUUCAGCAGCUGCUGUGAAGGCAAAACUUCUGGCGGAUCAAGAAGAGGACCAAAUCCGCCAGCUGGCUGCAGCACUGAUUGAAAAGCAGUUGCAGAAACUUGAAAUGAAGCUGGCUUUCUUCAAUGAUAUGGACACCGUAAUUUUGAGGGUAAAGGAGCAACUGGACAGGUCAAGGCAGAGACUUUACCAAGAGCGAGCACAAAUAAUCGCAGCUCGCCUUGGUUAUCCUGCUUCAUCAUCAUCGUCUAAACCACCUGCCCAUCCCGCUCUAGCUGCCAACAGAAUUGCAAUGAACUUUGCGAAUGCAUUUCCAAGGCCACCGAUGGGAUUAGCUUCUGCACAAAUGACUCCAGUUUCCAGACCCAUGGGUGGUGGUGGGCUGGGGAAUAACGCUUCUUCUAACCCUUUUAACCCCACCGUGCCAGUAAAUUCAGUUAUGCCUUCUGGCCAGGAUACACCACUAUCUUCAGUUGAGACAAAAUAGUAUUCCUCGAAUGCCAGGCACCCAUUGCCUCUUUCGACACCAGUCGAUAUGGUACAUCUCACCAAGUGAGUGCUUUUUUCCUGCUUGCUAACUAACAGAUAACAAUUUCUGCUACGAUUAAACAAAUUGUCAUUUUUCUCUAUUUCCAUGCAUAUACACCUAGGAGAUCUAUAGCUUUCUCUGGAGUAGACCAGGUAACUCAAAAUGAUAUAUUGGUUGGUUUUUCUCGUUGCUGGUCUCUUGGUCAUCACAUUAACUGGUAAUGGCUGCAUGUUUAACUGCGUGACUGAAAUCCAGAUUUUAGCUUUAUCCUGCUCAAACUCGACCAAACCAGGGCUUUCAAAUGGAAAAUUGUAAAUAGUUGGUGCGUGGAAUUGUCAUAUCCGUUAUCGCAUCCUUCAAUUUCUAGGAUAAACUUCAUCAGUCUGUGUACAAAUCUUCUAUCCAUGUGGUGAAAUGAUUUCAUUAUUGUCUUUCAAUGUUUCUAUGAUUCAUUUCUGUCCUUGCUGUUACCGGUGCAUUGUGAAUGACCGAGUUCCUUAAUUCUAAUGUGUCUUGAUAUCAUAUCCUCAUUCCAGUUUAUUACCAUUAGAAGGUGCUGAAGAAAGCACCCACACAAUGGUUGAUCCCCAGAUGCUGGCUAUAUCUUGAAAAGGUUGUACGCAAUGCAAGCCGUUCUGGCCGGUUUCAAGAUUUUGAUACGCGGUGAGAAGUAAGACCAAUUGGCUAUGCUUCUUUACCUGAGCAUAAAGAUGGUCGCGGUUAAGUGAACUCCCUGAGCUGCUGGCUUUCACUAUCUUAGUCGAAAACGAGACGGUAGGGGUGUUUCGUGAUGUGCAAGUAUUGUAUGUUGUAGAAAUGGUAUGUUAGCGUAUAGUUAAAUUGAUGAUGAUGAUGAUGAUGAUGAUUGAUGACAGUAGUGUAGAAUUGACAGUGCUGACUUUGCUACUGAGCUUGUUUAUUACCAGACAUGUAACCAAUUAUUAGGGGGGAGACAUGUAGAGACUGGGGUAAAAAUAGCAUGUGUAUGUUUCUGAAAUUGUGAAUGUCAUAGAUUCACCGUCGGUGUAUUUGCCCUAAUUUUAUUUUUCCUUUGCCAACAAGUCGACCCGAGCAAAGCGAAGUCGUUUAACUUGACGUGCACGCUACAAAGAGUAAUGUAGCACACGCUCUGCCAGUGCCAUCGUCGUUCUUACCAUCAAAUUGCAAUAUUACAUUUCCACAAAUCAUUGAAAAUCUCGAUGACAUUUUGAGGAAACAUUUCUUAUUUCUUGGUAAGAAUUGACUGAGUUGAGAUGAUGAUUUCGUCGGUCCAGCUUUAACGCAUCAUACAGUUUAUAAUACAACCUAAAAGAACAA